CCGAAAGUUACGAGGGGACUUUUACCCACAGUUCCUAGCGACUUCCUCUUUCCAGCUCGGCCGCCAUCAUGGGUAUCUCCCGUGACAACUGGCACAAGAGGCGCUCGACCGGAGGUCGGCGUAACCCAAUCAGGAAGAAGAGAAAGUACGAGCUCGGUCGUCCGCCAGCAAACACCAAGCUUGGCGCCAAGCGUGUCCAUCUUGUACGCUGCAGAGGCGGGAACGUGAAGUUCCGAGGACUCCGAUUGGACACCGGCAACUUUUCCUGGGGCUCUGAAGCCAUCUCCCGUAAGACCCGUGUCAUCGAUGUCAUGUACAACGCUAGCAACAACGAGUUGGUGCGUACCAAGACGCUGGUGAAGGGCGCUAUCGUCCAGAUCGACAGCACGCCGUUCCGCCAGUGGUACGAAGCACACUACGCCCUCCCUCUCGGACGCAAGAAGGGACAGAAACUGAGUGAGGCUGAAGAGGCAGUCUUGAACAAAAAAGCGUCUAAGAAGGUCAUGAAGAUGUACAGGGAGAGGCAAAAGAAAGCCAAGGUUGCCCAGCCUCUGGAGGAACAGUUUAUGCAAGGAAGAUUGCUCGCCUGUAUUGCAUCGAGACCAGGCCAGGUGGGGCGGUGUGACGGCUACAUUCUUGAAGGGAAGGAACUCGAGUUCUAUUCCAGGAAGAUCAAGGCCAAGAAGGGCAAAUAGGCAACACAGGAAGGACGGCACUAUUCCUGACAUGCACUAUAUAAAAUCUACAAAUUGAAAAGUA